CUCUCUCUCUCUCUCACUCUCUCUCUCACACACACACACACACACACACACACUGCUUAAAGCCGUACAGCGCCUGCGCUGAGAGCAAGCAAGCGAGAGAAAGCGAGAGAGCCGAGGACGAGAGGGAGGAGGGAAGGAGACGGAGAGAGAGAGGAGAACAGAACAGAACGGAAAGAAACACAGAGCACACGGAGAGCAAAAGAGCGAGAGAUGAAAUUCCUGGGAGCCGUCUGCAUCCUCCUGUUCCUGCCCGACUUCAGCCUCAACAGCAGCUAUGAAGUGCUGGAGAAGAAGCUGAAAGAGGCGUUCACAGAAAGAACAGGGAUCUUACGCCAACUCUCCAAAACCUCCAAGGAGCUGGACAGCAUAAAGGGCAACCUGCAGUCGAUGAAGAAUGAAGACUCGCUGCCCAAGAAGGAUGUCCAAAGGAUUCUGGAGCUGAGCCACAAACAAAGAGAAGAGAUGAGAUCACUCCACGUAGCCCUUCAGAAGCAACUGGACGAAGCGGCGGAGCGAGCCGAGAAACAUCAAGCCACGAUCAAAUUCCUGAAGAUGGAGAUGGAGAAAAAGACCAAAAUCAUCAAAGACCUACAGCAGGAGAACAAAAGCCUGAAGAAUAAACUCCUUUCUGGGAACAAGCUGUGUGACAUACAUGCAGAAGAGUCUAAAAGAAUCCAGGCUCAGCUGAAGGAGCUGAGAUACGGCAAGAAGGAUUUAAUUUUCAAGGGUCAGCAGCUCAUGGACCUGGAGAACAAGCUGCGAGUGGCCAAAGAGGAGCUGGAGAAAGCAGCGCUGGACAAGGAGUCUCAGCUGAGGGCUUUGAAGGACACGGUCCAUAUCUGCUUCUCAUCUGUCCUCCAAACCCAGACGGUGGAUUUACACAGACUGCCGGCCACGCCCACUCACUUGAUGCGAUACUCUCCGUUCGUCAAUAACUCCAGAGUCACCUUCAGGGAGCCGCACAUGAAGGACAUCCCAAAAGUUCCCAGAAUCACAGCGAGUAAAUCUGCAGUGAACACGGAGCUAACGAGGAGAGACGGUUCAGGAGGUUCUGGAGGUUCUGGAGGCAAGGCCUGCCACAUGGUGAAGGUGGGUGCUGAAUGUUUCCAGAAUCAGACUGAGAGAACAUCUGUGGAGAAAUCAGACCAAGCUGCACAACACCAGCCAAGGACUCUGGAACACACGGAGACACAGACGUCCAUGAACAGCGGGAAGAUGGAGGGAGGAAGAAAGACACAGCUGGACAAACACGACUGAGACGCAGCUAAACAACACGGCUGGACAAACAACUGAAAGACUUGGCAGAUUUUUUCCGUGUGGUAUCGGUUUAAUCAGUUUAACUCCCCUGACCUGUCACUCACACAGAAUAGAAAGCACACACACACUCACACAUACACACUCACACACACACACUCACACACACACAGUGUAAGUAUCACUGCUAUUGUAGAGAAGGAACCCCAAAUGUCCGAGUCUGACCUGAGAUCCAGCAGCUUAGUACAACGGCAUGCACUAUAGACUUCUAGGUUUCACGUUUAUAACGAUACUGGUCUUUUCUUUAUUAUUAUUAUUAUUAUUAUUAUUAUUAUGUUUAUUUUUUUUUUUAUAUAAUAACACGCCUGUUCUUUUCUUUCUUUCUUUUGAGUUUUUUGGGAUUUCUCCAGAGAUUGUGGACAUCUUUCGAUUUGUGGUAUUUGUAGUUGAGAACUUUGUGGACUUGCACCACAGGCCAGAGACGCAUUCACUCGAUAGACGAGCUUCUGAUCCGCUUCACUCUCGUUUGAUCGAAGCCCAUGAAAGAAGCACGGAUACGGAUCUGACAUCACGCUGGAACGGAUUUAAAUUCCCCAGUGCUAAAAUUCCUCUUAAUGAAAUGAGGACUGAAUGAUGAUCGAAGAUAUCAAUGUAAGAUUCGGUUCGUUUUGUGGUGUCGGUCGUUUUAAUUUAAAACUCUUCCCUUUUCUGUAUUCUUAGUAUAAACGGAGUAAAUCGAGUUGGCUGGCCAACUUUGAUCACCGAACAACCGGAAAGCUUUUGGUGCAAGGAUUUAAAGAGAAAAAGGAAAAAAAAAAAAAAACCAGACUCACAGUGAGUCGUCUCCCUGAGAAUGAUGUGCCAUGCACUGAGGAUUUAAUCUACUGCUACAUGUCUCGGUUUCUCUACCUUCCUGUGUCCUUUCAAUAAAACCGUGAUUUUCACUAAA